AUGGCUAUCAUGACAACAUUUCUCCUUCUUCUGGGCAGUGUUCUAUCGCUGUCUUCAGUUGUUAAUGGAGGGAAUCACCUCUGGGAACGUCCUUUCAUCGCUACGAAUAACGAUACCCACCACCACUCUAUCCAUAAACGACAACUUGUCAUCGUCCCUGGAGAUGGAGUGGGCAUCUGGCUGAGUAGGACUAUCAAGUAUUGCUUUGCGAACACACAGUCAGCAGAUAUGAUGGGAGCUUUCAUUGUGUCCGCGAUGACAGUCUGGUAAGUCCUUUCAAAUGCGUAUUUGUGUGUUGGCUUAUUUCCUGCCUAGGUGGGGAUCAGGAUUACCUCAGGGGCAAGAUGGGUUCAAGAUGGAACUAGUCAAAGACUCUCAAUGCCGAAAAAAUUGAAAAGACGUUCUCCUGAUCAUUUAUAAUUCAGAUGGAAUAUUGACCUCUUCCGUUGGCAAGAUAUCUGCAGAUCCAUCUAAACAGAUUGAUGGUCCUUUUAUGUAUGUACGAGCUGUCCAAAGACCUCUAGGCUCUUUGCCUCCUCAUGCUUGUGAAUACGCAUGGACUGACUACUCCCUAUGUACAGGUAUCUUAGCGACAGAAUAGAUGUUGGAAUGAAAGAUGUUACCGCAAAUGUCGCACAUGAAAUUGGUCAUGCAUGGGGUAAGCAUGGGGUAAGCAUUCCUUCUCUCGCCCUAUAACUGACAUAAACUGACUACCCAGCAGGUUUACAUCACGUAAGUUUUCUCCAUCAUCACGGAUAUGACAUAAAUAGCCUCCACCCAAAAUUCCACUGCCAUCACCAGACAAGACUUCUUCUCAAUCAAAGUUCCAUUUACAGAGGCAGGCUAACGUAUUUAAAAUUAGGAGCACCAAAAUAUGUUAUUUUGGGACCAUCCCUACAUCCCUCCAGCCAUGAUGGCCCAAGGCAACUCUCCUUUUCGGUUCUACCCCCAAAAUCUCAAAGACUACGACAGCAUGUAAGCGAGAUACGCUUCCCAGCCUGAGAUUUGGAAAGAGAUGACAACUAAGCAGUCAAAGGCCAAAGCAAAUGGGUUUUCCGCCGCUGAGUUUCUUCCCCUUCCAGGAGGAACAGGCCGGUCUACAGUUGGCAUCCAACAGGGAUCACUUUAUCAAAAUGUGGACUGGCAGUCAAUCAUGCUCUACCCAAGCUUCGCUGGUGGAAAAGAUGAUGGGCAGGGUGGAAAGCUUCCAGUACUUCGGAUGAUAGACGACAAAGGUCAUCUAACAAAUAUUGGCGAAAACUUAACACCUUCGCAAGCAGAUACCCAAGCUAUCAUCCAACUUUACAAUGUUCAUGAAAGCACUACACCAGGUCCGUCGGGUAUAGAAUCACCGGGACACCCUAUGUUUAGUAAGUUCAAAGGUAUUCUAAAGAAGAAGAAUUGCUAG